AUGCAUUACUACAAUUAAUCAUAAGAAAAAAAAUGGGUAAUUGUAAUCCAAAUAUUAUUGACUUAUGCACUGCAUAUAGAAAUUCAAAUUCCACAGUUCGAUUUUGCUCAUCCACUUUAUUAUGGUUAUUUAAUAUGUAGAAAUAAAAUAAAAUUGUGGUUGAUGUGUGUGAAUUUGUUAUUCAUCGCAUUUUAUUGUAUAAUUAGACUUUUCUAUGAAUUGGAAUAAUAAGUAAUUUGGACCAUAAUACAUUAUACAACUACUUAUGCUAUUUUUAUUAUUUUCAAUCUUUAAUUAUAGAAGGAGAACAAUAACAAAGCUGCCUCAUAGUUGGUAGAAAUAUUUUCGAAUACAGAAAGAUAUAGAUGGAAAGAAUAAAGUAAUCCAGAGAACUUUUAAGAGAACUAUGCUAAAUACUUAUGUUUCAAUUAAAUUCGGGAAGGUGUAAUAUUGUUCGAAUAAGGUUAUGAGAAAUAAGCAACAUUCAUAAAUUCUUAAGCUAGAAAAAUGUUUUAGUUUACAGAUGAAUCUCAGCUGCAUUAAAUAUUUUAAAAUUAUUUUUAAAUUGAUAAAAUGGAAGCUAAAAGAUCUAUGUAAUCUAUUAAAAGUUUUGGAGUUGACAGAUAGAAUUCAAUUUUUAAACAAUUAAGUGGUUCUUUAUCUUAAAAUUCAAGACCUCAAAGUGCAUAUAAACCAUAAUAAAAAGAUAUUUCAUUUUCUUAACUUCUUGAGAAAGCUUGGAAUAAUCCAAACAAAGAGAAACAUUUGUUUUACUUAUAAUAAUCUAAAUAAAACUAAUAAGUAUAUUUAUAUAAUUUUUUUAGUCAUAAUAUUCUCCUAUUUUUGAGGUGAAUGUUUAUAUCAAUUCUUAAUUCAGAAGAAUUAUGACAUUGGUAUGUAGAGACUUAAGUUAUAAACGAUACAUUUAAUAACUAUAAUUUCAUAGUAAUUAAAAUUCAAAAAUGAUCUCAUUUGUAUCUCAUGAAUUUCGAGCUCCUCUAGGCUGUAUGAUUACUAUGUUAGAAUAUGUUGCAAAAGAUUUAAAUAAUACUUAUAUUUAAACAUCUAUUGAAAAUUCAAAAUAUUUGUUAAAUCUUUGUAAUGAUUUGCUUGACUUGGCUUAAAUUAAAGCUAAUAAAUUUUAAUUAAAAAUUGAAAAGUUUAAUUUAAAAAAAUUAUGUUAAGAAUGCUUUUAGAUGUUUAACCUUUAAGCUGAAAAAAAGAAGCUAAAAUUAAUUUUAUAAUAUUCAACUUAAUGUCCAAUUCUUAUUGAAUCUGAUUAAAGUAGAAUAAAACAAAUUAUAAUAAAUCUUCUAGGAAAUGCAUUCAAAUUUACUUAAGAAGGUCACAUUAUGAUAAAUGUUGAAUCUUAUGAAGAUGACAUAAUAGAAAUUACAAUUUAAGAUACAGGUAUUGGAAUAUAGGAAUAAGAUAAAGAAAUUCUAAUGAUGGCAUUUGGCAAAGUAAAUUCAGAAGAGAGUAAAAAACUUAAUGCUUAAGGUGUUGGAUUAGGAUUAUUAAUUAGUAAUAAGAUUGCUUUAUAAUUGGGAGAUGGAUUAAAAUUUGAAUCAACUUACCAUAAAGGAUCAAGCUUUUCAUUUACUAUAAAUUUGCCUGAAAAAGAGAGUUUCUAAUCUGAUAUUUUAAAAUCAUUAUCCAAUAAAUAAUAAAUAUUAAAAGAUAGUGAAAUUAUAGAAAACUUAAAUGAAGUUGAAGAAAGUUCAAAAGAAAUAUAAAUAAUUAUAACUUAACCAAAAAAAUCAUUAGUUUAGAUUUUUGAAUGUUGUACUAAGAUAUUAAUUGUAGAUGAUACUCAAUUUAAUAUUGAUACAUUGUAAAUAUUAUUGUCUAAAAUGUAUUCAAUUUUAUAUUAUUUAGAGGAAUUUAUUAAGUUGAUUAUUCAAUUAAUGGGUAUAAAGCAAUAGAAAAAAUAAAAUAGAAAGAAAAAUGUGUUACAUGUAAUAGUAGAAUGUAUAAAUUGAUAUUUAUGGAUUUGGAAAUGUUAGGAAUUAAUGGAAUUAAUGCUUCAAAAAGCAUUUUUACUUAUUGUGAGGAAAAUGAGAUAUAAUUACCAAUAAUAGUAGCUUGUUCUGGACAUAAGAAAGAAUUCGAAUUUCCAAAAUGUUAAUAAAUUGGUAUGAAGUUUUAUUUAGAGAAACCUGUGUAAAUUAAAGCUUUAUAAGGUAUUAUAGAUCAUUAUCGAAAAUCACUUUGA